AAAGUUUUUUGCUGACAAACAUGACGUCAGCUGGCGGAGUCCGUCAAUGCGGUAGUGACAGCGAAGGAACGCACUGACUGGAAAAGCACCCUGGAUUAAUCAAACCUGACACUAAAACUAAGCUUGAAACCUGGGCUGAAGGCGAUCGGAAGAGAGCCCGAGGCCGCGGAACAGCAUGGGGAACGCGGAGAGCGGCUGUGGCGCGGGGAGCGGCGAUGAGGAGGACGUUGAAACGGAGAGUCCCGUGUUCGCGGAGGGCAGCCCGGCCUCUGCGGCCACUGGCACCAGGGCCGGUAGCGGAGGUGGUGGUGGCGGCGGCGGAGCGGGAGGAGCAGCGGCGGCGGGCUCCGCUGGCCCAGGGAGAAGUGGAAGAGGGUCGGCGAACCCACCGGCACCGAGUCACGGGCUUCCCACUCCCGAAGCUCUGCUGGAGCAGGUGAAGCUGCGAGAGGCAGCGGCCCGUAUGAGCGACUCGUGGGUCGCCAUUUCGGAGUCGGUUCUGGCGCGCAACGAGAGCGCUCUGGUGCGCUGGCUGGAGGAGAGGCUGAGCCGCGGAGAGGAGUCCGUCACCCUGGAGCAGUUCUGCGAGAUGCUGGAGAGCAGAGACGCGGCCAGAGACGAGUGUGAGGAGGCCUUUGGUCAGUUUGAUGCUGAGGGUGAUGGGAUUGUGGAUGUGGAGAACAUGCUCAUGGCACUAAGGAACUCCAAUGGAGCCAAUCUGCAGGGAGAACUGAGUCAUGUGAUCAGGCAGCUCCAGGCAUGCUCUUUGACACCAGGAUUUGUGGAUAUCUUCUCCAAGUCCAAGGACCGCCUUAAAGCACAUGCCUCCAAAAUCCUGAAAUUUUUGCACCGGAAUCGCAUCCCCAGCAACGUCAUCCCCUUCCCUGUGCUGGAUGGCUACAACAGCAUCUGCACCAUGAGGACGUCUGUAGUGCAGGACUUCCUGGAUUACCUGCUGCAGAAAGAGAAAGAUCUAGACAUCCAGUACAGGGCAGAACUCAAUCAUGACCCAGACGUGGAUAAGGUCAAAGUGGUCACUCAGUGCUUCAGCUUCAUCGAGGCUUCAUCCAAUAAUACAGACGUCAACAAGCUGACCAAUGGCGAGACGGUGUCUUUCUGGCAGUCGGACGGCAGUGCUCGCUCACACUGGAUAAGGUUAAAAAUGAAGCCAGACAUAGUUUUGAGACGGUUGGCAAUUGCAGUUGCAUCUAAUGACCACAGUUACAUGCCGCAGCUGGUGUCUAUAGCGGUUGGGAAGAACAGGCGCUCCCUGCAGGAGAUCAGAGACGUGAGGAUCCCCAGUAACAUCACGGGUUAUGUACCGCUGCUAGAAAAUGCCAACAUCAGCCAUCCCUAUAUUCAGAUAAACAUUAAGCGCUGCCUUAGUGAUGGCUGUGACACGCGUAUUCAUGGUCUGAAAACAAUGGGCUACCAGAUCACCAAGAGUAAAGAGGUUUCGGUAUCCGACGCCUCGGCUAUAUGGUAUCUGUCUCUCCUCACAUCGCUGGUCACCGCUUCAAUGGAAACAAACCCUGUGCUUGCACAGACAGUCCUACAAAGCACACAGAAAGCCUUACAGCACAUGCCACCCCUGUCUCUAACUCCUUCCUCAACUGAGUUCCCCAAAUUCUUCUCUGCAAACAUUCUGGAAGAGGUGGACGGCUUUUUACUGCGCAUAGCAAACUGCUGUGUUUCUCCUGAGGCCGAGCUGACUCUUUUAGCAUUCGCUUUGGCUCGGGGCAGUGUGGCUAAAGUCCUCAUCUCUCUCUCUGGAAUCUGUGGGCAUCUGGACUCAGAAUACCGAGCUUCCUCACUGCUGGCCUCAAUGUCGUCAGUCCGGUUAAGAUUACUCCACCGCAACGGUAAACCUCUGCAGCUCCAUCUGAUGGCGUGUGAUGUUAAGAGUAAAGAGGAGAAGUCUGGCCCAGAAAAUAUGCUGACGGAGCCCAACACUGGAGAUGGCUUUCUGACAGAGAAUGGAAAGAGGAAAGCCAGUGUGAUUUUGUCCACUGAAAACCAGAGCUGCUUCCAGGUCACACAGAUCAAGAUAAAAGUGCGUAAAGGAGCCAUUGGUGCUAAAUGUGGCUUGGUGUUUGCCUACAAUGACUGCGAGGUGUUUGAUGCCGAUAAACAUUUCAAGAGAUUCAAGAAGUAUGACAGCUGGGAUUAUAAGGACUAUAAGGAAUUUGUCCAAGACAGCACGAGGAUAACAGAGAGCAGUGAGGAAGAGCCCAUUGGCUGGUUUGAGGUCGAGGAGGACUGGAAUGACGUGGACAUCAAGCUACAGCAAUGCAGAGUAUCAAAAUUUCUGAUGGUGAAGUUCCUGUGUGCGCGGCAGGACACAGCGGAGCGGCUCGGGGUCCAGCAGUUGAUUUUCAGUGGUUAUUUGUGUCCAGACUCAGAGCGGAUGGAGGACGUGGAGGAUCUGAGCGCUCAGGCCGAGGGAAGCGACUCGGGUCUGGUUACUGGUCUCGCGCUCAUGAAGAAAACUCUUUAUUUCAUCCAGCAGCUCACCAGAGAUAUGGAUGUGUCUCUGUCAAAGCAGAAGACCCUGCUGGACUUCAGUGACCUCAACCUUCUGCUGUUCUGGGACUUUUACCGCAAACUCAGAUCCAUUGAAGGAGAAGAGGCCAUAAAGACAAGAGUUCUCCUUCUUCAGCUGCUCCAGAACUGCUUCCCAAUGUUGCCCAGUCCGACCGAGUCCCAGCCGUCAGAUCUCUCAGCAUCAGCCUCAGCAUCGCCUUCAGGCAGCUCAGAUGUGGACCCCGCAGAAGCUGUUGGAGAGCUCUGUAGACAUUUAUGUCAAGUGGUGGACGGGCCUGAAGGAGAGACUGCAGCAGAAAAAGCUCUGAGGAAAGAAGCUGUGAAAGCCAUCCUCAACGGAGCUGCCAUCUUCUACCCAGAUAAACAGAGCCGGAGGGACAAACUCUUUCACAUGAUGAAAAACAUAACUGAGGAGAAUCAGCCGGAGUCUGUGAAGCUGACGUUUGAGUCUCUCUGCAGCUACUUCAGUGAUCAGGACCCAAAAGGUCUUCUUAUGCUGCCCCCUAAAGGAGCCCCAUCUGACUUUGACAUCUCCCCUGUCCUGAGCGUCAUGGACACCCUGCUUAUUGUGGCCAGUAGAGAGUGUGAGGUGCUGAUGUCAGAGUCCAGUGGAGGGUCCAUUUGGAGGGUCCUGCUGUCUCUGUUUUGGGCUCUACAGGGUAGUUUGCUAUCCUGGUGCUUCCUGCAGCUCAAAGGAGGAACUGCUACCUCCUCUGAUCUGGCCAGGGAAAUCCUGCUCAAAUAUGUGGAGCAGUUCCUGUCAGGCACCAGAGACAUACUGAUUCCUCUUACUAAGAGCUUUUCUGGAGCUGAUAUUAUGAAGAAACUCAGUGGAUCAAUCCUCGCAAUGGCAACAAGACAGCUGACAAUCUUCCUCCUGGAGCUGUGUGCUCUGGAUAUUCCUCACUGUGUGCUGCUCAAGAGAUUUUACCCCAUUUCAGACCUGCUGAAGAAUAUGUCUAGUGACACAGAUGACAUCUUCUCUAAGGUUGAUUUAGAAGGCUGUCAGCAGCCUCAGCAGCCUGUUGUGUUGAGGACAUGGCAGAUGGAGUCUCCUCAUAACUAUGAGAACAGCAGACAUGAGACCACCGUCUUUGUCUGUCCCGGAGCCACUUCCUUUGAGGUGGAGUUUGAUGCUCGCUGUGAGACAGAGAAAAGGUAUGACUAUCUGGAGUUCACUGAUGCUAGAGGAGGGAAAGUGCGCUAUGAUAUGAAGGUUGGCACAGAGAAAUGGCCAAAGAAAGUGACGUUUAAAGCAGGUCCCCAGCUGCAGUUUCUGUUCCACUCAGACAGCAGUAAUAAUGAAUGGGGUUAUAAGUUCACUGUGACGGCGUAUGGCCUGCCGGACGUCACUGUGUCCUGGACCUCAGACCUGCAGCUGCUCGUGUCCAGGCUGAUGGGCCGUCUGGCGUCCCGCACCAUGGCUUUAAAAUCACCAUACGAGAUCCGCGGUGUGAAGGAAUUACCUGCAACCUUGAUGAACCACAUCCUGUCGUGUCCUCUGUGGAAACCUGUGUUCAGACAUGGACUAAGUGGCCUUCCUGGGGAACAGAAGUUAGCUUUGGCCAGCCCAGAAGCCAGCCAGGAAGAUCCGGCUCCUCUGGGAGACGAGCUGGUGGAGUUCCUGAAGGAAUUUGCCCGAUGGGAUCCUUCCCAGGAUUCUUCUGAUGGCAGAACAGAGCUCAUGAGAACCCUUUUGGUGAACUGCAAGAAGCAGUUGAUCAGAAACGAGAUUGCUUCAGGCUUAAAAGUGGACCAGGCUGUUAAUGCCAUCUGGGCAGCUAUGGUUUAUCACACACCCGCUCUUCACCCCUGCCUGAAAAGCUUCGUUGCUAAGAAUGGCCAGAGUGGUCUCAGUGAGGAUCUUGUGCAGGUCUACACUCUCGCGGAUGGCAUCAGAACAUGGAUGUUGGAGAUGAAACAGCGCUACCUUAUGGGUAAAAUGAAUGGAGUAGAGGAAAAAGACGAAGGACAGAAUGAGGUUACAAUGGAAUCACUUGCUGAAGUUUGCAUCAGUAGAAGUUUGUUCCUCUUCCAGUUCAGCCCAAGCGGUGGAACCUCUGCACCUCAGGAUCAAGAGACUUCCAGACCUGAAGACAUUGCUUGUGCUGCUCCUCUUCUCCGCUCCAUUUCCACCUCAGAAGGAGAUUUCCAGCCCAGUCCGUCUCUCUCCAUUUCCCAGACCCCUCAUGGAGCAGAAGCAGUGACGUCCCCUGUGUCUGCUUCUCGCGAGCGGACACAGGACCAAAGUUUCUCUGCUUCAGGUGAUGCAGGAGCAUCUGGCAGCAUCAGUUCUCAGGGUGCCACAGGCUCCUCAGAAAGUCUUCAGUCGCAAACAGGAGAGCCUCUGUCUCCGUCUGUCUUCCCACGCAAAGCACCGUUCAGCCGGGGACGUCUGAGGCUCCUUUCCUUACGAUCUAUGGAGGAACCUCGCAUGGCACCACCAGUUAAAGAGCGCUUCCCAAUCCUCAAGCACAUCCUCAGCUUUAUGAAGGACAUGGUCAUUAAUGAGAGCAGUGUUCUUCAGACUCUGGCUCUGAAAAAGGCACAGGCUGUAAGUGUGUGUGAGGUACUGGAGCUCGUGCAGCAGUGUAUUCUCACCCUGGGCAAACCGCACCUCUUCCAGGCACCCUGCAUUUUGUUUCUCCAGGAACUCUUGGCUUGCCAGAAAGAUUUCACCAACUACUUUUCUCAGCUUGUGGGCAGCGGGCAGGAGAUGAGGGAACGGGUCAGACACUCGUAUCAUCAGCUGGUUCUCAUGCUAGUUGAAGCUGUGCAAGGCUUCAGUGCCCUGAACGAAAAGGUUCUGCUUCCUGCACUAUCAUGCGUUCAGACUUGUCUGCUGCAUUUGCUGGACAUGAGCUGGGAAGCUGAAGACUUGUCGCUGUUUCUUGAUAUUAAACUGCCGGAUCUCCUGCUUGCCAUGUCCCAGGAAAACAUCAGUGUGCAUGACAUUGCUAUAAGUCAGUGGACAGAGGAGGACGAGAUCGCUGACUACGAGAGGAACUGUGAAUGGAUGGAUGAGUGUUUGGACGGCAUGUUUGAGAAAUGGUUUGACAAGAUCAGCCAGGCCUCGGUGGAGGACAAGAGAAAGAUGCACAUGUUCAUUGCACGCUACUGUGACCUGCUGAAUGUGGAAAUUUCGUGUGACGGCUGUGAGCGGAUCGCACCGUGGCAUCGCUAUCGCUGUCUACAGUGUACAGACAUGGACCUUUGCAAGACCUGCUUCCUCAGCGGUGCAAAACCCGAAGGCCACGAGGAUGACCAUGAGAUGGUGAACAUGGAGUAUGCCUGUGACCACUGCCAGGGCCUCAUCGUGGGCAGCAGGAUCAACUGUAAUGUAUGUGAGGACUUCGAUCUCUGCUUUGGCUGUUACAAUGCCAAGAAAUACCCAGACAGCCAUUUACCCACCCACCGCAUCACUGUAUACCCAAUGGUCACCAUCCGCAUCAGUGACCGCCACAGACUCAUCCAGCCCUACAUCCAUAACUACUCCUGGCUUCUUUUUGCCGCUCUCGCCCUGUUCACCUCUGAGCUGAUCAGCGAGAAAGCACAGGAUGGAGAGUCUCUGGAUGAUGUCACCCUGGGUAAUGCUAGUGCUCUGCAGACCCAGUGCUUCGACAUCAUCAAAGAGUGCCUGCUGAAGGGACAGACUGGGAAAGGUUUGCGAGCCUCUGCUCUGUUGUCUCUGCUUUCUUCAAACGAAUCGGCCACAGUGAGUGAGCUCUGUCCUGCGACGGCAGGUUCAUCUCAGGACAUCAGCAGCACAGACACCUCUUCACUACCCAGCAGCACAACAGCCAUCUGCUCGCCUCCACUGCCCAGAGACAGAGGAGGAGGAGAAGGUGAUGAGAAGAGGAGAAGAAAGCUGGUCUCUCAGGACACCUCAGACUCAUCCUGUGCUAGUCAGACUCCCUCAGUGUCAAGUGAAGACACACUGUCCCCUGGAGUCAGAG